GAAGUGGUGCGGGAAGAGGAUGCUGAUGCUGGACUAAAGAUGGCGGCCCGCGGCGCUGGGGCCGCGCUGUGUCGGGCGGUGGCCGUGCUGGGGCUGCUGUUGCUGCUUCUCUGGGCAGGCUCAGUCCGUGCCCGCGUCCAUCAUCUCACCCUCAAAGAUGACGUGAGGCAGAAAGUGCACCUAAAUACCUUUGGUUUCUUCAAGAAUGGCUUCAUGAAAGUCAAUGUCAGUAACCUUUCAUUGAAGCCACCUGUGAGCUCUGAUGACAAGGACAGCUUAUCAGUGGGGUUCAGUUUGGAUCGAACCAGGAACGAUGGGUUCUCCACUUACCUGGAUGAAGAAGUGGAUUAUUGUAUCUUGAACAAGAAACCAGAUCAAGAUGUCUCUGUUGUACUCUUACUUCUGGACUUCAAAACUGAAGUUGUGAAAGUACAGUUCUCUGCAGAAGCUGCUUCUUUGCUACCUAAAAUUUCAUUCAUAUCUGAGGAAAAUGCUACUGCAUUAAGCACCAAGCUGCUAAAAACUUCUGAACAGAUCAGUGAUUCUGAUAGAAGUCCUUCAAAGACCAGCUCAAAUACAGACGGAAAAGAUAACAAGUCCAAACGAAGCACAUCAGCCUCCCAGAGCAUAAUAGAACAAGAACAUCCUGUUCACAAUGACAGAGGAACUUUUUCAUUUCAGUUCUUUUUUAACAUCAGCUCUGAUAACCAAGAAGGUCUCUACAGCCUGUAUUUCCAUAAGUGUGUUGGCAAGGAAGGGCCAGCCAAUGAUCAGCAGCUAUUUAGUCUUGAUAUAGAAAUUACUGAGAAGAAUCCUGAAAGCUACCUCUCAGCAGGUGAGAUCCCGCUGCCAAAGCUUUACAUUUCCAUGGCUAUCUUCUUUUUCCUGUCUGGGACUGUAUGGAUUCACAUACUUCGUAAGCGCAGAAAUGAUGUCUUUAAGAUUCACUGGCUGAUGGCAGCCCUCCCUUUCACGAAAUCUCUAUCCUUAGUCUUCCAUGCAAUCGACUAUCACUACAUUUCUUCUCAGGGAUUCCCUAUUGAAGGCUGGGCUGUUGUUUAUUACAUCACUCACCUACUGAAGGGUGCUCUUCUGUUCAUCACUAUCGCUCUGAUAGGCACAGGCUGGGCUUUCAUUAAACACAUCCUGUCAGAUAAAGACAAAAAAAUCUUCAUGAUUGUCAUCCCACUUCAGGUACUAGCAAAUGUGGCAUACAUUAUCAUAGAGUCAACGGAAGAGGGGACAACUGAAUAUGGGCUGUGGAAAGAAAUCCUUUUUCUGGUAGACUUGCUAUGUUGUGGAGCCAUCCUGUUUCCAGUGGUAUGGUCAAUAAGACAUUUACAGGAGGCUUCAGCAACAGAUGGAAAAGCUGCCAUUAACCUAGCAAAGCUGAAGCUUUUCCGACAUUACUAUGUUAUGAUCGUGUGUUACAUUUACUUCACACGGAUCAUUGCAAUUCUCAUAAAGAUUGCUGUUCCAUUCCAGUGGAAAUGGCUGUACCAGCUGCUGGAUGAAAUGGCCACCCUUGUGUUCUUUGUCCUCACUGGGUACAAGUUCCGUCCAGCAUCAGACAACCCUUAUCUACAGCUGUCUCAGGAUGAUGAGGAUGACUUGGAGAUGGAAGCUGUGGUGACAACUUCUGGAGUAAUGGAGGGCAUGAAGAAGGUCAAGAAAGUGGUGAAUGGAUCAGCAGAGCCCCAGGGCGAAUGGGAAAGCACAGCAUGAACAGACUGGACUGAGGCAGCACUUUCAGAGAAACUUUUUUAAUUUAUUACUAUUCCUCUCAGUGGAAAGGGAGCAACUGGCACUUCCCAACACUGAAACUGCAGAGCGGGGUGUGUCUAGGGGGGAGCAAAGCAGUGCAGAAAUAGAACUGUUCCUCUGAUCAUAAGAAAAUGGGAUCUCUUGGUACCCGCAAAGGAGCGUGAAGCUUUCCUAGGGAUUUUGGGGUAGCUUGUUCUUUUUCCCCCUUUCUGGAUUGGUUGGGUGUUCCGAAUUGUUUGCAGUCACGUUCUUCAGAAUGUGUAAUACUGAUGUGAAGAGAGACCUUUAGUGUGUAUGUAAAAGUAUAUAUUUUAUAUAAUGCACAUAUAUACCUACACAGUUGCUAUGUAAUAUGUAUGCUGGGAAUUGCAAAGCGUGUCAGAAGGUGGGAAAAGAAGAUAAGAGAUGUAAGUAUUUUAUUUUUCUUUUUAUAAACUCUCCCUUUGGCUUGGACAAAGCAUUGCAAAACGAAUAAUAGAAGCAACUGCAGUUAUAUGAGAGACUAAACAGGGUAUUGGAUCAGAUGACUUCUGCCACUGCUCAUUAUCAGUGGGAAAGUUAAGUAUUUUCUUGUCUUAUCCAUGCAGGUACCCACUUGAAUGUGUCAGGUUUUCAAAUGUAUUGCUACAUAGGAAACAAGUGACUGUUCUCCAUUAAAAAUGCUAGCCCAUAGUGCAAUAAGCAUUAACACAAACUCUCCACUGUUCAUGGAGUUGCUCUUGAUUCACACCCGCCUGACAAGAAGUACACAAGAGGUGUAAGACUGAUGCUUGCUUUGUAGGGGUCUGCUGUGCGAUCUUAAACAUGUAAUUUCAAGCUGUGACCCAGAGCCCUUUGGUCUGCUUUCUAAAGUAUUUUCAAGGUAUUCCAAAAGACACUCCUUUCUGGCACAGCAGGACCAGUGCCAGAAUAUCUCCAGUGGAAAUGUGUCCAGUAAACCUGCUGCAGCCUAAAUCUCCGGUUCACCAUUAUCCUGAGUUACAUGGGUGGCUGCUUGUACCUCUCUGGCCGUGCAGGAUUGCUGCUGCUGCUGUUGGAGAUGAGCUGAAUUAGUCAAAAUGGUACUGCCACCAAAGCCAGGCAACUGCAGCUCCCAGUCCUAAAUGGUUUUUGUCAGGAAAAGAGUAGAUCAGGACCAGAACCUCAGUGCAGGGGAAUACAGAAGUCUUGACUAUUCGCUGCAAACUUACAGUGGCGUUCUUAUACAACAAAAGCCAUGUGUGUUUUAUCUGUAGUACUCUGGUAUUGUUAGAAAGGCAAGCUGGUGCCCAUAGCUGGAGUAUUAAGGCAUAGUGAAUGAUUGUGAAAUCUGGGGGAGGAUGGAAGUGGUUCACUGAUGUGAUGAGGAUAAGCUUUAAGAAAAAUAAAUCGAGUAUAAAUCACUGA